AUGGGAAAACUAAUCAACUUGCGUCAUCUUGAUAUCAAAGGAACUAGAUUGACUGAAAUGCCAACACAGAUUAGCAGGCUGAAAGAUCUCCAACAUUUAACAUAUUUUGUAGUUGGCAAGAAUGGUGGGUCAAGCAUUAGUGGGUUGAAGGAACUCUGCAAUCUUAGGGGAAAACUCGAUAUUUUAGGUCUGGAAAAUGUAGUAAGUGGUCAGGAUGCAUCAGAGGCGAAUAUGAAGGAUAAAAAACAUCUUGAAGGUUUAGUGUUGAAAUGGAGUGGCGAAAUGGAGGAUUCACUAAAGGAAAGAGAUGUUUUUGACAAGCUACAGCCUCAUGCAGGGUUAAAGACUCUCAGCAUCUUCAACUAUGGGAGCACAAAAUUUCCAGAUUGGUUACAGGGAGUUCAUUCAUUUCGCAACAUGGUGUCCUUAGAACUUGUAGACUCUGCAAAUUGCUAUUCAUUGCGAUCAAUUGGGCAGCUACCCUCUCUAAAACAUCUAGGAAUUGAAGGAAUGAAAGCAAUAACAAUUGUGGGUCGAGAGUUCUAUGGGGAUGCUUCUUCUUCGAAGAAACCAUUUCAAUCUCUGGAGACACUAAGAUUUAAGCUAAUGGAAAAGUGGGAGGAAUGGCAUGCAUUGGGAGCUGGAGAGUUCUCUUGCCUUUUAGAGCUUUCUUUGGUUGAUUGUCCCAAUCUGAUCGGUGAAUUAUCCAUCCGCUUCCCAAUCUGA